AUGUCGCAAGUCGAAGAACAAAAGGCUGCUGAAUCGCCUGUUGAAUCGCCUGUUGUUGAGGAAGCUGCUCCUGUUGAAGACGACUCUGUCGUUAGCCUUCAGGUGGGCAUUGAUUCCGAAGGAAAGCCCUUCACCAUUAGAGUCUCGAAAACCGAAGCUUUCCAAGAGAUUAAGCAAUACAUUAGCGACUACAAGUACGAGGACACUGAGACUUGCUUCAGCAUCAAGAUCAACGACCAGAUCCUGCCUUCUUACGGUCAGCUUUACGAGCUCGGUGACAUUGACAAUGCCGUUUUGGAAACCGUUCUUGAACCUUACACUGAGAUUGAGGUCAACCGUCACAUUACCAAGGUCCGUGAUCUCCUUGCUUUCCCUAACGACAAUGAUACCAAUGGUACCAACUCUUUCGCCUCUAUUCGUGCCGGUGAAACUGCUUACUAUGACAUUGAGGGCCUCGAUGUUGAUUCCGACAAUAAGGUUCAGGCUUCUGCUCUUAAGGAAGCUCCUCUCACCGCUGAAGACUUUUCGCUCAACGUUAAGACAAGCGAGCUUAUCCCCACUCCUCUGCCUGAAAAGUCCAAGGCUGUUCAUACUCUCCACUACUCGCAAUGGAAUCCUCCCGCACCUCAUCUGAUCAACAAGGGCCACAUUUCUUACCUCCAGGCCGCUACUCUGGAUGGUCAGAUUCACCACAUUGUUGCUCACACAUCCGGCUUUUACGUCUCCAACUCCACUGCUCAUUGGUUUGAUCCUUCUCCUAAAAUCAUUGAUGGUGAGGUUUACCACGAGCACUCUCUUUUCACCCUGUUAAAGAGACUUUCUCACCACGUUACCAAGACUCUUGAGAAUAACCAGGCUACUUUUGCCAACAUUAUUCCUCAAGCCUAUGUUGGUCCCACCACUUCUUUCCUUCACAGUCCUUGGUUGACCAAUGAGCCUACUCCUAAGGCUGAUUUGGCCAGAACUCAAGAAAGCCUUGUCAGACCUUCUGAUCUUCUCCCCGCUGGUCGUGACUGGAAUGAUGAGUUCCAAUCUGCCCGUGAGCUUGAAAAGGACACUUUCCCCAACCGUCUUCUCCGUGAGCGUCUUCUCAACAAGAUCUCUUUUGAGUUUGCUCAGGCCGCUACCCACGGCAUUCUUAGCAUCAUUGAAGGCAGCGUCCAGCCUUUGAAUCCCCUUGAGAACCCCGAGGGCAAGAUUUACCUGCACGAAGGCAUUUUUUACUCUUUUGCUGCUGACCCCAUUGGUGUCUAUGCCGAGGAAGGUGGUGAGCUUGCUGCUCGUUACUCUGUUCGCAAGGAUCUCCAAAACCACAACUUUAUCAACAGAAUUGAAGUUCAGGGUCUUUACACUGUUCUCACCACUAUUGUUGAUUAUGCUGGCCAUAGAGUCAUUGCUCAGGCUCCUGUUCCAGGUAUUUUCAGACAACUCCCUGAGGGCGAGACCCAGGUCAAGUAUGGUACCAUUGACAACAAUGUCACUAUUGGCACCGAUGAGUCCUUUGUUGAUCCUCUUUCUCUUGUUGCUGAGGCUUACCACUUGAAGAAGCACGUUGCCUUUGACAACUCGGGUAAGGAUUACGAAGUUGUUACCCCCAGCACUCUCACUGGUGUUGUUGGUACCGACAGCAGAAAGUAUAUUUUGGAUCUCCAGCGUCUCACUCCUCUUGAUUUGGGUUUCCUUGACAAGGUUGCCAACGAUACUGAGAACCCCUAUGUCCACCUUGUUCCUCUGUUGAGACCUGAGGCUAUUGAAGCCUGGUGGAGACAGAAGGCCCAGGUUUUGGUUGAUGAGAAGGCUGCUGCCAAGAAGGCUGAGAAGGAAAAGAACAAGCCUGCUAAAGAAGAAAAGAAGGAAAGUGAAGAAAAGGAAGGCGAGGAAAAGAAGGAGGGUGAGGAAAAGAAGGAGGUCGAGGAAGAGGAAGAAGAAGAAGAAGAGCCUUUGACUAUUGAGGAAAGAGUUGAAAUUAGCCGCAAGGCUAUGGAGAUCUUUACUCUUAACCCUGACGUUCCCAUUGAUAUUUCUACCAUUCCUGAAGGUCCUCACAGAGAGCAGUACGAAAAGGAUGCCGCCGAAAUCCGUUCCAUUUCCACUCUUAUUGUUGAGAAGAUCAUCCCCAGAUACAUUGAGGAGCUCAAGCACAACUACAUUACUCUUCCCUUUGAUGGUGCUCAGCUCACUUCCACUCUGCACAAGCGUGGUAUCAACAUGCGCUAUCUGGGUGAGGUUGCUAAGCAUGUCUCCGAGGCUGGCGACUUUUUGAAGACUGUCCACGAUCUUAUUAUUGUUGAGAUUGUGUCUCGUUCUGCCAAGCAUGUCAUUAACGGCUACCUUGCCAAGCACCAAAGAGAGGUUCUUCCUUACGUUGUUGCUCAAAUCUUUAAUGCUAUUUUGGGCUUCAAGUUGAAUGCUUCUCCCAAGACUGAGAUCCCCAAGGGUCUUGAGGCUCUUUACUCUACUGAGGACUUUGAAGCCAUCAACACCAUUACUAUUGAGAAGAUCCGUGAGCAGAUUGCUUUGGAAGCCAACAGAAGAUUCAGAUACCAGCUUUCUGAGAACUGGAUUGAGGAUAUUAACCUCCGUUCUCUCUUUAGAGAGAUUUCUCUCAAGGUUGGUCUUCAGUGGAAGGGCAGAGACUACAACUUUACUGCUACUGAGCCCUACUACAGCCUUACUUCUGUCUUUGAUGCUCCUCCCAAUGUUCAUACUGAGAAUGUUGCUGCUGCCCCUCAAAAGACUGGUGGCAAGAAGAAGAAGGGCAAGAAGACAGCUGUCGUUUCUGACGACUCUGAGAAUGUUCUUAAGGCUCCUGAGCCCUUCCUUCUCCCCACUCUUUUCCACCACACUGAUGUUCUUAACCUUGUCCCUGUUGUUAAGCACUCUACCUACAAGAGCUCCUGUGCCGAGGAUGCUUUUGAGGCUGGUCGCAUUGGAUACUUGAAGGAGACUGAGAAGGAGGCCAAGCAGUCUAGUUUGACCCUUCUCAAUGAGGCUGUUGGUAUCUACGAGCAGGUUUAUGGUCCUAUCCACAUUGAGGUUGCUCGUGCUUACUCUCAGCUUGCUCUCAUUUACCAAGAAAUUGGUGAGCCCAAGAUUGCUCGUGAGCACGCCCGUAAGGCUGUCAUUCUGUUUGAGCGUUGCGCUGGUGUUGAUUCUGCAGAGACUCUCCAUGUCUACCAGAACCUUGCCAUUAUUGAGCACAGCAAUGGCAACACUGCAGCAGCCUUUGCCCUUUUCAGACAUGUCUUCAAGUACAUGAAUGGUCUGUGGAGCGCUGAGCAACCCGACUCCAUCACUAUUAUUAACAACCUUGUGACCAUGCUGCAACCCUAUGGUCUCCGUGAUGACUCGCUCCACCUUCUCCGCCAGGGUCUCGAAAUGACUAAGAAAUUCUUUGGUGAACGUUCUGCCCAUGCAGCUGCUGCUCACUUUCAGAUUUCUCAGUUUGAACUUUUGACAUCUGAUAUCAAGAAGGCUCUUGAGUCUAUGAAAUUGGCACAUUCCAUUUUCGACGAGCUUAAGGGCCCCGAGGACCCAGACACUAUUGAGUGCAAGUCCUGGGCUGAUAACCUUGAGUUGACACUUAAGAAUGCAGACACUCUUAAGGAGAAUGCUGCUGUUGCUGCCGCUGCAACCACUGCUGAGGGUGAAGCUGGUAAAGGUGUUGCGUUAGACAAUGAGACUAGAAAGUUCAUUUCUGCAGCGCUGCGUGCAAGCACUAACCGUACAACCAAGGCUGUGGGUGCUGGUGCGCACCACGGUACGGCCAGCGUGGUUGAUGGCAAGAACAAGAAGAAGGCUGCCAAGGCUGCUGCUACCCCUGUGGCUGCACCCUCGAGCGAUAACUUGACGCUGGACGACUUGGUGCGCUACAUCAAUGGCAGCGACGACAAGCCUACCAAGAAGCAGCAGACCAAGAAGCACGCGAAAAAGGGAAAGAAAUAA